CCGAGAGAGGACUAGCCCACUCUGUUUGGACGCCGAGGGGCUGUUUCAAUUUUUUUCACCUUGAGGAUGCUUCGUUGGCGCUACUAAACGGAAAACAAAAGGAUUAAACACAACAUUUGUACAUUUUCCUCGCUGUUAUAGCAGAGCCUCACCUUGAGCAAAUUGGCAAAGUUUUGUUUCGAGUGAGUGGCGCGUGCUGUAUUUAAAAACUUUCUGAAAUGUCACUCCGCCACGCUGGAAUAAAAUAGUGCGUUUGGGUGUUAAAAACGGAAACGACGCGACUGUUUUAAAGCAGCUACACGUGUUUUGCGUUUAAAGAGGACGAGGGGACACCAUGGCGUUUUUUCACUUGCUGUUCUGCGUGGGAAUGUUGUCGCUGCCCAUGUGCGGAGCGUUCUACCGCGGUCCUCUGCAGCCGGAGAUGUCCAACGGCACGUUUCAUCACUACUUCGUGCCCGACGGCGACUACGAGGAGAACGAUGACCCGGAGAAAUGUCAAAUGCUUUUCAAAAUGACGGACGAUCGGAAAUGCGGACUAGACGAGGACCAGGACUCGGUGAUACGGGACGACUUCACCAUCAUCAAGCGGCAGAUAGAGGACUCGGCUCGGGUGAUAGAGGGGAUAGGGAAGAGCAUCUCCUUCGACCUGGACGGAGAGGACAGCUAUGGCAAGUACCUGCGGCGGGAGACCACGCAGAUCACUGAGGCCUUCACCAGCUCGGAGAAGUCGCUGCUGGAGCUGGAGGUGAAGUUCAAGCAGAGUCAGGAGGGGGAGCUGAAGGAGGAGCAGCGGCUGAGUGAGGACUUCCUGCAGAUGGUGGUGCACACACGGGAUGUCCUCAAGGAGACACUGGACAUCUCCCUGGGCCUGAGGGACAAACACGAGCUGCUCUCCCUCAUCAUCCGCAGCCACGGCACCAGGCUCAGCCGCCUCAAAAAUGACUACAUCAAGUUUUGA